AUGGAAGAGAACUUGGCUGAAGUUAUGCAGGGCAUGUCGCUCGGAGAAGAUAAGUCGAUUAUCAUCCCCGAUGAAGAUGAGUAUUGCGCAAUGGACAGAGGAGGCAGAAGUAUUCUAGGACGCCUGCUGAAUCCUGACUGUCAAAAUAUGGGAAGAAUGUUGAAGACGAUGCCGAAGAUCUGGAAGGUUUAUGAAAGAGUAAGAGGUAUUGCUUUGACUAAGGAAAAGUUUCAAUUCUUCGACCUGGAAACAAACAUUCAGACAGUGUUGCGUCAGGGUUUCUGGACCUUUGAUGACUGGGGGAUGGCAAUGGAACGUUGGGUUGAACAUCCUCCGCCCAAUUAUCUCCAAACUGCAACCAUCUGGGUGCGACUUCACAAUCUUCCGGUGAAUUAUUUCACCAUGAAAACAAUUGAUAUUGUUGCUGAUUGCAUCGGACAUGUGGAGGUGAUAGAAUUUGAUCCGGAGAAGCCUCUUCUGAAUGACUAUGUUCGAGUACAGGUUACUUUGGAUCUUAAUCAACUUAUAAGGGACAGGAAAUCUAUUAGCCUACCAGGGGGCAGAGUUGAAUAUGUAGAUGUGAAGUAUGAAAGAGUAAGGGAAAAGUGUUUCCACUGCCUCCGCCUUUCUCAUGAGAAGCUGAAGUGUCCCCUCUAUCAAGGUUUGAAGAAUAAAGGCAAAUGUAUUGCUUCUCGUCCUCAAGGGAUGAAGGAAGGUCAAUCUUCAGGAACCAGGCAGCAUCAUAAUGACCUUGCUGAGAGAUUGAUGCCAUUACUGGCACCGUCGGUCCCUCCUGGCUUUGAGCCUCUCCCAACGCUGGUGGCUCCUGAAGUUUUUGAACAGAUGAAGAUCUAUAUGAGUUGCGCGGACCCAGAGGAGAGAAGCAUUAGGGAAGCAAAGAUGAGAAAAACGUUAAACGAGUUAUCCAAAGACCCCAUUGCGCAGAGAGCCUGUCUACGCUUAGAAAUGGCCCCCACCAUAUCAACGGAGAUCAACAGAUACAGAGGGAAAGUUUUUGAUCUUAGUAGAGUGCAGGAAAAACAGUUACAUUAG